AUGUUGCUGCCUAUCAUGGCGGCGCUGCUGCGUAUCAGGGCGCCUUUACUACGCACCUCAGGACGCAGCCGCGGCCCGUCAAAUGUUUCGGCGUACUGCUGGAGCAGCACUGGUGCCUUUCAUGCUAAUUUCUCACGAACAGCUCUGCUGUACGACAAUCAGGAGGCACACUGGUGCUUCUGCGUUUCACGGCGUCUUUCAGCACCCCACGCCUCAGCGGCCCGUCGAUUGUUCGGCCUAUGCUGGGGCAGCACUGAUGCCUUUCCUUAUAACUUUUCACGACCACUACGGGUGUACGACAAGCAGGAUGGACACCGCGGCGCCGCCGCGUUAUCACGGCGACGCUGCUGCGUGUCACGGCGUCUUCCAGCACCCCCAGGGCGCAGCCGCGGAGGCCCGCCGGUGCUGCUGCGUGUCACGGCGUCUCUGCGAAUCAUGGCGUCUUUUAACACGCCGCGCCUCAGCGGCCCGUCAAAUGUUUCGCCUAUUGCUGGAGCAGCACUGACUGGUUUUAUGCUAAUUUCUCACGAACAAUACAGCUGUACGACAAGCAGGAGGCACACCCGUCCAGCUCCCUUGCGCAUCAUGGCGUCUUUCAGCACCCGCGGCCCGUCGAUUGUUUCGGCGUAUUGCUGGAGCGGCACUGAUUGGCUUUAUGCUAGUCUCUCACGAACUGUACAGCCGUACGACAAGCAGGAGGCACAGCUGUGCUGCUCCACGCGUAUCAUGGCGGCGCUGCUGCGUAUCACGGCGUCUUUCAGCACUUCACGCCUUAGCGGCCGGCCGACUGUUUCGGCGUAUUGCUGGAGUUACGUUAUAUAUACACACGCAUACAUAUAUAUAGACGUUGACGUUGAAUGA